AUGAAUUCUUUUGCUGAGGGCGUCCAUUACCUGGCACUUAGCAGCGUGAAAGUUCUUGGCAAGUCCAGACUGGGAUGCUGUCCAAGAUCUAGCUGCCCUUGGACAUGGGCUGCUUUGGCGUCUGAGAAGUCCAGGAGGGUACAGAAGCUGGCAAGACGGUGUGGCCUCAGAGCAGCCAACCGAGUGGCCUCCCCACGAGACUGUCUCCAUGGCGACUGCCUCCAUUUGGCUCCAGAAACGGUUUCCUUUCUCUUCCAGGCGACCUACACCCCCGUCCACCAGGAAGGUUUCUGCGCUUUCUACGAAGACUGUGGGAAGAACCCGGAGGUGACCGGCAGCUUGAUUCAGGCCCGGGUGCCGUGCCUGUACAACGGGCCGGCCAAGCGGGUGACGCCGGGCAGGCACCUGGAGCUGCUGCAGCGGGUGUGCCCGAUGCUGGUGGGGGCGGAGGGCGCUGGGGCGGAGCCUCGGGCCUGCUGCUCGGCCAAGCAGCUGGAGAUGCUGGACAGGAGCCUGGCCAUGUCCAAGCCGCUGCUGAGCCGCUGCCCGUCCUGUGUGGACAACUUUGUCAACCUGUACUGCCAGAACACCUGCAGCCCCAACCAGAGCGUCCACAUCAACGUGACCCGGGCCUUCAUCGCCAACGUCUCCGGUCAGCUACUCGACGCCGUGCUGGAGUACCAGUGCUACUACAGCCGCCGCUUUGCCGAGGGCAGCUACGACUCUUGCCGCGACGUCCGCAUCCCCUCCACCGGCGGCUACGCCAUCUCCGCCAUGUGCGGCAAGUACGGCUCCACCCUGUGUAACGCCGAACGCUGGCUGCGUUUCCAAGGGGACAGCUCCAACGGCCUGGCGCCGCUCGACAUCAAGUUCGUGCUGGUCCCGCCAAAGAACAAUGGCUCGGAGCCGGGCCCGGGCCCGGGAGGGGGCAUCGUGCCUUACGACGGCAGCUUCCAUCGCUGUGACCGGCCCUCGAGCCCCGGGGGGCAGGCAUGCUCCUGCCAGGACUGCGUGGCCUCCUGCCCGGCGCUGCCCUUUCCCCCGGCGCCCCCCGGCCCUUGGGCGAUUGGCCAGAUGGACGGGCCCUUGGCGCUGGGCCUGGCCCUGUUCGGCGGGGCCAUCCUCCUCUUCGCCGGCCUCCUCCUCCUCUUCAGGCAGCGCCCAGACGCCCGCAAGGAGGGGAGCAAGGCCCCUGCGGCUCCCUCAGCUCCCAUCUCCUCAUCCUCCACCUCCGCCACACAGCAGAGACUGAGCUGGGUUUUCCAGAGCUGGGGAACGGCAGUGGCACGGCACCCACUGCCUGUCCUGGUCACCGCCUGCGUCAUCGUUGGCGUGCUGUCCUGCGGCCUAGUCUUUGUCGAGCUGACCACUGACCCAGUGGAACUGUGGUCUGCCCCGGACAGCAGGGCCCGCCGCGAGAAAGCUUUCCACGACGCCCAGUUCGGGCCCUUCUUCCGCACCAACCAGAUCAUCGCCACGGCGACGGGGGAAGGCCCACCGGGGUACACCUACGACUCGGUGUUCUUCGGGCCCACGGCCUUCAGCGGCCUGUUCUCCAAGGAGCUGCUGCUCCAGCUGCUGGAUCUCCAGAGCCGGUUGCAGGCCAUCAGUGUGUGGUCAGAGACAGCGCAGAGGAACAUCACGCUGAAGGACAUUUGCUACGCCCCGCUCCAGCCCAAUAACCCCGGGCCUACCGACUGUGCGGUCAACAGCCUGCUCCAGUACUUCCAGAACAACAGGAGCCUUAUCGACGCUGUCGCCAACCAAACCAUGGCAGGGGUCACCGGCACCGUGGACUGGAGGGAUCACUUCCUCUACUGCGUCAACUCACCUCUCUCUUUCAAGGACAGCACGGAAUUGGGAAUGAGCUGCAUGGCGGACUAUGGCGCACCGGUUUUUCCAUUUUUGGCCGUGGGCGGAUAUCAGGACGAAGACUACAGCAGGGCAGAGGCCUUCAUUGUGACGUUCUCUCUGAACAACUACCAGCCCGACGAUCCCAAGUAUGAAUACGUGGUGCUUUGGGAGCGGGAGUAUUUAAAGAUUCUCCAGGACUAUAAAAACAACAAGUCCAUCAACUUCAGCUUUGCCUAUAUGUCUGAGCGGUCCCUGGAGGAUGAGAUCAACAGAACCACGGCGGAAGAUAUUCCCAUCUUCGCCAUCAGUUACCUGGUAAUAUUUAUCUACAUCGCUUUGGCGCUAGGGGAGUACACGAGCUGGCGAACCGUCAUGGUCGAUUCGAAGGUCACGCUGGGCCUGGGAGGAAUCCUCGUGGUCUUGGGCGCCGUCUUCGCCUCAAUGGGUUUCUACGCCUACAUCGGCGUGCCGUCCUCGCUCAUCAUCCUCGAAGUGGUCCCCUUCCUCGUCCUCGCUGUCGGAGCUGACAACCUCUUCAUCCUCGUCCUCCAGUACCAGAGGGACGAGAGGCGAGUGGGAGAAGGGAGGGAGGAGCAGAUUGGCCGGGUGCUAGGAGACGUGGCUCCCAGCAUGCUCCUCUGCAGCAUCUCCGAAUCGAUCUGCUUCUUUCUCGGUGCCCUCACCAAGAUGCCAGCUGUCCGCACCUUUGCACUCUACGCGGCACUCGCUGUCUUCAUCGAUUUCCUCCUGCAGAUCUCGGCGUUUGUGGCUCUGAUGUCGCUGGACGUGCGAAGAGAGGAGAAGGACAGAUUCGACAUCUGUUGUUGCGUCCGGGCAAAGGCCAGGAAACGGAAGAGGAAAACCGAGGGUCUUCUGCUGCCUUUGAUGAGGGAAUAUUAUGCCCCAUUUCUGCUCCACUCUAUCACCAGGAUCGUGGUGAUCAUAUUGUUUCUCUUCAUGUUGUGUGCUGCGAUAUUCUUAACCCUUCACGUUCGAGUGGGUCUCAAUCAGGAACUCUCUCUCCCAAAGGGCUCGUACAUGUUGGAUUACUUUGCGGCCUUGAACAAAUACUUUGAAGUGGGCGUCCCUGUGUAUUUUGUCACCACCGCCGGCUACAAUUUCUCUACCGUCGACGGAAUGAACGGGGUCUGCUCGAGUGUGGGAUGUUACAACAACUCCAUGACCCAGAAGAUCCAAUAUGCCACCAAGUUCCCUCAGGUGUCCUACAUGGCCAUCCCAGCAUCCUCCUGGGUGGACGACUUCCUCGACUGGCUCAAUCCGAUAUCCCGUUGCUGUCGGCUCUUCGCUUUGGGACCCAACGCCGGCCAGUUCUGCCCGGCAACCAACAAUCAGCUGAAUUGCCGUAAGAAGUGCAUGAAGUCAAAUCAGACUGGCAUCAUCCGGCCAGACAUCACGCAGUUCAAUCUGUACCUGCCGAGUUUCCUGAACGACACUCCUACUCUGCAGUGCUCCAAGGGGGGUCUGGGAGCUUACGGGAAUGCGGUGAAAAGAGGACCAAAAGGCGAGAUCUUGGCGUCCAGGUUCAUGGCUUACCAUACACCUCUGAAAAAUUCACUGGAGUACACUGCGGCUCUGAGAGUGUCUCGUGAACUCGCGGCCAAUAUCACAAGGAGCAUGAGGGAGAUCCCGGGGACCGAUCCAAACUUUGAAGUCUUCCCCUACACGAUUACCUAUGUAUAUUACGAGCAGUACCUGACGAUAGUGAACGAGGGGAUCUUCAACAUUGGCGUGUGUCUGAUCCCAACCUUUGUGGUGUGCUGUAUCUUGCUGGGAAUGGACAUUCACUCCGGCUUGCUCAACCUGCUCACCAUCGUGAUGAUCAUCGUGGACACGGUGGGAGUGAUGACGCUCUGGGGGAUCGACUUUAACGCCGUCUCCCUCAUCAAUCUGGUGACGGCAGUCGGCAUCUCCGUGGAGUUUGUCUCUCACCUCACACGCUCCUUCGCCGUCAGCACCAAAGGGAGUAAGGUGGAGCGGGCAAAGGAGGCCACUUACACCAUGGGCAGUGCGGUCUUUGCGGGCGUGGCGAUGACCAACCUUCCCGGAAUCAUCGUCCUGCAUUUCGCUCAGUCCCAGCUCAUCCAAGUCUUCUUCUUCCGCCUCAACCUGGUGAUCACCUUACUGGGUCUGGUCCACGGCCUGAUCUUCCUGCCCGUCCUCCUCAGCUACUUCGGACCAGGCAUCAAAAGUGCCCCAUUGCUGCAACAGCAGACUGUUAAGGAAUCCCGGCCCGAUAAGACGUAUCUAAAUGGUUGCUUUCAUAACUUUGGCUACGAGGGAUCUGCUGAAGACAAGAAAGCCAACUCAACGACACGAUGUAAUGGAUCAACUUGGACAGAGGAACAUACAGCACCCGGAGAGACAGAAAGCUCAUCGGAGAAAGGAUCUGACUCAGUCGGAGCUCUCACGGACACUCUCCCCACCGUCACUUCCUUUUAAUGCCUGUUUCUGUACAAAGACAAAGGCGGGGGCGAUGUGGGGAUUUGAACCAGGUUCCCCCAGCUCGAGCUACUGGCCAGGGGUCCCGAAUGUUCCUCCCCCAAUCCAGCUAGCGGCCCUCCCAGGCAAAAACUGUCACUGUUUGAAAUUCUCACUGAGCCGAAUCCCCAGAAAUUCCCAGCUCCCGGUCCAGAGACACAACACUGAUCCCGGGAUCCAAUAUCAGAGCAUGUCCGCCCGCCCCCCCCCCCCCCUCCCAGAGCCUUGCACAACACCACUACAUGCACAGGCUGUCUGUUGGCAUCUUCUCAGCUGGGUGGCAUCACAGUGGGGCACAAAGGAGGCACUUCUGCCCUUUGUACACCUGCUUGCUGCCAAGAACUGCCCUCCACCGUAACCUCAAACUGUUCCUUCCCCAAAUCCCUGCGAAUGUUCCUCCCCACUCCGCCGCACUUACCCAAGUCCCGAUGGAAUUGGCCAGUUCCAGAUCCCAGCAGCUCACGGUGCCCACCGACGGAUUCCCUCAGCUCAGAGCCAGUGCGAUCUACAGUAUGGAAACAGACCCUUCAGCCCAACUUCUCCAUGCUGCCCAGUUUUCACAAUACGUCCAGUCCCAUUCGCCUGGGUUUGGUCCAUAUCCCUCUGUCCCUAUCCUGUCCAUGUACCUGUCCAAAUGUUUCUCUAUCUCUGGCAGCCUGUUCCAGACACUCCCCACCCUCCGUGUGAAAUAAAAUUGCCCCUCUAGCCUCUUUUGUAUCUCUCACCUGAAACCUAUUCCCCUCUAUUUUUUGACUCCCCUACCCUGGGGAAAAGCUGUCAGUGAUCUCCCUUCUCUGCGCCUCUCAUCAUUUUAUAGACCCUUCAGUUUACAACGCUGCGGGGAAAAUAGGCCCAGCCUUUCCUUAUAACUCAAGCUUUCCAGUCUAGGUAGCCUGCAAGUAAAUCGUUUCUGCACUCCUUCUAGGUUAAUAUAAUCCUUUCUGGAUCAGCGAGACCAGAAUUGCACACAGUGCUCCAAAAAUGGCCGAGCCAAUGUCCUGUACUUAUGCAGCAUGACCUCCCAACUCCCAUUGGUAGUGCGCUGACCAAUAAAGGCCUUCUUCACCACCCUCUCUGUGAGAUCACUUUCAAGGAACUAUCUACCUACAGCACGCCUCGAUAUCCUGAUCAUUUUGGACAUUUGUAAUCAAAUCACCCCUCGACCUUCUCGUCCUUGUAUUCUGACCUUUCCCAGCCCCGGGGCCUUCUGGGAUGAUCUUUUCUGUGCCCCCUACCAGUGCCGUCACAUCCUUCCUGAGGAUUGGUGCCAAAGUUGGAUCCAGUGGAGGGAGCAGUAUUUCACCCAGGUGGCCGAAGUGCACAAGACAAGUAAGUCAUCUGCUGUUCUCAAAGCCACUUGAUGAAGGAUAGAACUGGAACCAAUCUUUACACAUGUCUGCAUUGAUCAGCACUUUGCACGGUGACUCAGUGGUUUGCACUGCUGCCGCACGGCACCAGGGACUCAGGUUCGAUUCCACCCUUGGGCGACUGU